GGUGCUAUAUUUCACCAAGUCGGAAAAAUAGCUCAUCCACAGGCGCUCAAGAAAUGUUGGUCUACAAUAAAAAUCACAACGUAUUCUACAAGCAUUCCAUCAUCUUCCUAUUUAUGAGCCAACUCUCCAGCAACAGCUUACCGAUUGCUGCGCAACGCAUCAAAUCACCAGCCAUUACAUCGCGAAACUAUCGCAUCGUAACGACUAGCCUCCAAUGUUACCACACCAUACCAGAUAUCGUGGAAAACUUCCACUGCCAUCAAACAGAGCGGAAUAAUCGCACAUACAGCUCUGGUUCGCUGAUAUUUCGAAGGCCAAUUAAUCGUUUGGACACCCAGAUUGUACUGGACAUAUAUCGGCCGAAUGGAAACCGUAUGAAUGUUUUCAAUAUAUCUGCGGAAUUUUGUGGAAUCUUGACACAAAAGAAAUAUGGUUUAACAUUCUUCGAUAAAUUAUUAAAAGUUUUGUAUGCCACAAUGAAUGUAGUGCCGACUUGUCCACUGAUGGCGCACUUCAAUUAUACUAUAACGGAUUUCGAUAUUGUUGAAACAAUUUUGCCUGCUUACAUACUAAGGACGAAUUUUCGGAGCGGUAUUUAUUUUCUCUCAAAGGGACGACGUGGUGUCGGCGUUGCGGUGGAAGGAAAAGUUUUGAAAGCCAAUUAGAUGAGUGUAAAAGUUUAACAAUGAAACGAAAAUAUAAAU